AUGAACACAGAGAGUUUUCGUUUCUACAUUAAAGUGCGUACUGCACUAAAUAUUGAAGCAAGAACUAUUCACGACGUGCUGCAUACGGUUUUUGGUGAUGAAGCUCCUUCUUAUCGAACAGUUGCUAGAUGGGCUCAAUGGUUUCGUGAAGGUCGAGAAGAAAUUGAAGAUGAAGAACGAUCUGGAAGACCUGUAACUGAGACUACUCCUGACAAUAUCGAAGAAAUUCGUAGUAUUGUUAACGAUGAUCCUCAUGUUACAAUAGCAGAAUUACAGGAGCAUACUGGUCUAAGCUAUGGCACCGUUCAUCGAAUAUUAUCGGAUCAUCUGGAACUUAUAAAAAUUACUGCUCGUUACAUACCCAAACAGCUAACGGAUUAUCAACGAAAUGAACGAGUUCGAAUAUGCAAAGAAAAUCUAUCAAGAUUUACAGAAGGAGGAUGGCGUUUGUCUGACGUGAUAACGGGUGAUGAAUCGUGGUUUUUCCAUCAGCAAACUGGUAGAAAAGUUUCCAAUGCUGCUUGGGUGGCAAAAGAUGAUCCUCCACCAACAAUAAUACGACGAAUAAGUUUGCUUCUAAAACUUUAUUUUGCAUUUUCUUUAAAUCAACUGGUCCUCUUCUAAUCCAUCGUGUUGAACGUGAACAGACUAUCGAUCUCCAUUAUUACAUCGAAAAUUGUUUGCAACAUGUGAUCGAAGAAAUUAAGAAACAAAGACCUUCCUCAGGUACUCAUGCUAUCAAACUUCAUCAUAAUAAUGGACGAGCACAUGUUCAUCAAUAUGUCCUCGAUUAUCUUCGUCCAGAGGGAAUUACCAUAGUACAACAUCCGCCGAAUUCUCCAGAUCUAUCUCCCUGUGAUUUUUGGUUAUUCGACCUUAUCAAACGAAAUCUAACUGAUCAACCUAAUUCCGAAACGUUACAUCACGCCAUAACCAAGUUUAUGUAUUCUUUGGAUAAAGAUGAGUAUAGAAAAACGUUUGAGAAAUGGAUUCAAAGAAUGCAGUUGUGUGUAGAUAAUCAAGGUGAUUACUUUGAACAUUUAAUCAAAUAAAACUUAUUGAACUUGCUCAUGUAUUUUUGAUUUUCGAGUAUGCCGAUAUGAAUAAACGAUAAAGUCUCAGAAGAGACGAGAGAAAAGAAUAAAGGAAAGAAGAAAAACAAAGAAAAGAUCACGAAAAGAAUGCAUAUUGGAGACACUGUGAGGGUGUGUAACCGAUACACAUGUUAGACAAACUAGUUUUAUUAGAAUUUUGUUAUUAUGAUGUCAACCGAAGUAGAAUCAAAUAGCAUAGAAAGAAAGAGCAUUUUUCGCUCUAUCAUCCUAUGUAAAAAGAAUUUUUUAUCAAUCCUAAAAUAUGCUAAUAAAAUGUCGUUGCCACUACUUUUGGAUACCCCUAAGUAGUUAUCUGAUAGCUAACUUAUUUCAUAUCAUUUUCAAAUACAACAACUAAAGUUAUAACAAUCAUUAAUAUUUAAAUACAAUAAAAUAUAUAAACAUCUCGAAGUAUUACUUUAAUAACACAUUUAUCACUAGAAAAAAAGAUUUGAAAAAAUAUGAACUUCCUGUGGUUUCAUUAUCUUUAUCUUAGCACAUAGUGGGCACUAUUAAUUAAAAAAAAGAGCAAAGACAAAGGACUUGACAAAAAAAACGAUACACAAAAAAAGAGAAUAUACAAAGCGAAAAAAAAACUAAACGUUCUUAUAAAAAUAUUUUAUUCUUUUGCAUUGAUCGAAUCAAUAAAAUGUUAUCCAGUUGUUCAGGAUUAAGACUAGUUUUUCUUUCUUGAAUAUUCAAACUAGCUUCCGAGAACUGUCUCUCUAUACUAGCUGAUGUAGAUGGUAUUGAAUGAAUAGACCGGGCAUAUCGAGACAAACGGAGGAAUUUAUCUUGAUGCUCCUCUCAACAUGGCAAAGGAUCAGAUUCUAGUUUUGAUUUAUCAAGUUCUAA